UUACCCGUAAAAAAUCAAAUAAAACCAGCCCUAGCCCUAAUCCAAAAACCUUCUCGAAUUUUCAGGCAAUGGCUACGAUCACUCUCCGCAAGGGCAACACGCGCCUCCCGCCGGAGGUGAACCGGGUUCUCUACGUGCGUAAUUUACCCUUCAAUAUCACGAGCGAGGAGAUGUACGAUAUCUUCGGUAAGUACGGUGCGAUAAGGCAGAUCCGUAUCGGGACCAACAAGGACACUCGCGGGACCGCCUUCGUGGUGUACGAGGAUAUCUACGACGCCAAGACUGCCGUCGACCACUUGUCGGGAUUCAACGUCGCGAAUAGAUACUUGAUUGUUCUGUACUAUCAGCAGGCCAAGAUGAGCAAGAAGUUUGACCAGAAGAAGAAAGAGGACGAGAUCACGAAGCUGCAGGAGAAGUAUGGGAUUGGCACUCCUGCAUCUAAAGAUAAGUAGGGUAAUGAACGAGUCAGUGUCUUACGAGAACUACUGUUGAACUUGAAAGAAAACAGAUUGUGUUGUGAAAUUUAUGAACCUAUGGAUGAAUGAUAUUUGGUGGAGUUAAUGUAAACUGGUAUUUGUUCUUUGGGGUUAUGAUUUGACGAAUGACUAGUGGAUAGCUUAAUCUGUGAA